UGUAAAUACCUCAGAGGGCGUUAUACACCCUACUCCUGCUGUCUCGGCUUCACUCGCUUUAAACCCGGACAAAACCUCUGCACGGCCACCUGCUCAAACCCCCCGAGCUCUGCAGCCAAACCGAGCCGAGUGCAGCAUGAACGAGACGGCGGGACUGCGCUUCCGGCGGGUGCACCGACCGCAGGUGAUCACCGAUGAGCUGCCUGAGCACCGGCACAAAGGAUCCAGCACCUACAGCGGGAAGAUUUUCCAGGUGACGCUCCUCUCUCUGGGCAUCCUCCUGUUUCUUCCUCUCCUGGUCAUCAUCCUCAUCCUCGAGUCUCCCAUCAAGCCUGAAGUUUUCACCCUAAAGGAGCCGCCGAUGAUGAAGGGCUGCUGGGAGCCAAACCUGAAGCUCAGGGAGGCUCAGAGACUGUUUGAGGACCAGAUCAUUGGCCCAGAGUCCAUCAGCAACAUCGGAGAUGUUCUGUUCUCGGGAACAGCUGAUGGGAAAAUCGUGAAGCUGGUCGGUCGAAGAAUCCACACAGUAACGAGACUCGGGAAGCUGCCGUGUGGCUCCAGAGAGGAGGAGCCCACCUGCGGGAGGCCGCUGGGGAUCAGAGUCGGACCUAAUGGGACUCUGUUUGUGGCCGAUGCUUACCUGGGCCUGUUCGAGGUCAACCCCACCACAGGUGAGGCGACCCGGUUGGUGACCGGCGGUCAGGUGGUGGCGGGGAGGAAACUGGCAUUCAUUAACGAUGUGGCGGUGACGCAGGAUGGGAAGAAGGUGUACUUCACCGACUCCAGCAGCAGGUGGCAGCGCAGAGACUACAUGCACCUCAUCAUGGAGGCCACGCCCGACGGCCGCGUCCUCGAGUACAACACUGAGACCAAAGAGCUGACCGUGGUGAUGGAGGACCUGCGAUUCCCAAACGGCAUCCAGCUGCUGCCUGACGAGGAGUCGGUGCUGGUGGCAGAGACCACCAUGGCCCGGAUCCGCAGAGUCCACGUGGCUGGUCUGAAUAAAGGCGGCAUGGACACGUUCGUGGACAAUUUGCCAGGUUUCCCCGACAACAUCCGACCGAGCUCGACUGGAGGUUACUGGGUGGCCAUGUCAGCCGUGAGACCGAACCCCGGCUUCUCCAUGCUGGACUUCCUGUCACAAAGACCCUGGAUCAAAAAAUUCAUAUUCAAGCUCUUCAGCCAGGAUGUCCUGAUGAAGUUUGUCCCUCGGUACAGUUUGGUGGCAGAGCUCCACGAUGGCGGCGUCUGCACACGAAGCUUCCACGAUCCCAACGGCCUGGUGGCGGCCUACAUCAGCGAGGUCCAUGAGUAUGAUGGGAGUUUGUACCUGGGCUCCUUCCGCUCACCGUACAUCGCCAAACUCGACCUCAGCAAGGUGUAAAAGAGGAAAAAGACGACCGGACACACACACGGACUUUUGUGACUUCUGAAACGUUAACACAGUGUUUGACUUUAAAGACAUGACACCCGUGAGGUGGAAUUAAAACCGACUCUGCCGGGUUGUCGGGCUUGGACACCACGAAGUUCCCGCCUUCGUGGUGUCCAGAGGAUAUGAAGGUGAUUUCACCCAGCGCCACCUGCAGGUUAUCCUGCUAAUGAGGCAGCGGUCCUUCUCAUUCUGGCUAAUCUGUGUUUCAUUUUUUUAGGAUGCCGUGAAGCAUUGUUCAGCUUUAGAUUUUAAUGUUUCUCAUAACAGUUUUUGGGUAAUUUUUUUUCACUUCUUGACAGAUUUUGUGUUUAGACUUUGAAUUCAGAACAAAAAUUUGUAGAGGAACGUGUUCUUGUGCUUUUUGGUUCUGAAAUGUGUUUGGUGAGCCUGAGAAUCACUAAAAACUGCUUCUCCUGCUAAUUAGCUCGAGCUAACUAGCUGAAAUGCUGGCUAAUGGAUUUGAUGCUAACAGGCUAGCUUGUGCUCUUAUUUUUUAAUCAUACACCUUUGCACCGUGUUUAUCUUCAGUAACAACAACCAGCCAAUCACAGUGCAGGCUUACAAAGCUUUGAUUAGCAGUUAGCCUGAGCUAACGUAGCUGCCUCUGACUAACUUUGUUUACAUAGAAGAAGAAUGACUCCUACUCGCUGACGCUGAUGUCGAAUUACAGGCUGCUGAAGCCACCACC